UAUAAUACACUCAUAUUAGUCAUCAUUCACUAACACUUGAAAAUAGUAAAAACAUAACCACCCUUGUAGCUAAUUAAACCUUCACUUAGAGUACAAAAUCAUUUAAAUUUUCUAUUCAAACAUACAUUCAACAUAAUAAGUAAACUAUUUUAUUCCACAUGGUGGAAAAAUAGCAAAAGAAAGAGUCAUCUCUCUCUCUCAACAUCAGCACCAUUUGCAGAGCUCCGUCCAUGGAGAAUCAGAGCUAUUUUCUCGUGGUGAUGCUGCCGUUUGUUUUGGUCAUCUUGAUAUUCAAACACUUUUCAUCUCAUCAAAGCAAGAAUUCUCCACCAAGUCCACCAGCUGUACCGCUGGUGGGCCAUCUUCACCUCAUCAAAAAUCCCCUCCAUCUCUCACUAGCCUCAUUAGCAUCCCGAUACGGCCCCAUCUUCUCUCUCCGGGUAGGCUGCAAAUCAUUCCUCGUGGUCUCCUCUCCAUCCGCAGUCGAAGAAUGCUUCACCAAAAACGACAUCGUUUUCGCGGACCGCCCUACUUCCAUGGCCGGAGACCAUUUAACCUACAACUACGCAGCUUACACAUGGUCACCCUACAGCCACUUAUGGCGGGUCCUCCGCCGUAUGAGCGUCGUCCAGCUCUUCUCCUCACACAGCCUGCAAAAAUCCGCCCAAAUACGCGAGCAAGAGAUGCUUCAAAUCCUCCGCCUACUGCACAAGGAAAGCGGGAAGAAAGUUGACUUGAAUAACUUGAUCUCCACCUACAGUUUCAACAUCGUGAUGAGAUCCAUCGCCGGAAAACGGUGUGUCGAAGAGGAGGAGAUCGGGACGGAGGCGGGGAGGGAGAUUCUGCGACAAAUACGCGGGUUGUUCUCUCCCACUGUGUUGUUAGGCCCCUGUGAUUACUUUCCGGUUUUGCGGUGGAUUGGGUACAAAGGGAUGGAGAAGAAGGCCGUGUUAAUGCAGAAAAAGAGAGAUGAGUUCUUGCAGGCUUUGGUCGAUGAGGUCAGAGACAAAAGCACAAGGAGCGCAGCGGAGGAGAAGGGGAGCACCAAUUUGAUUGAAGCUCUGCUAUCGGUUCAAGAGUCGGAGCCUGAUCUCAACACCGAUGAUGUCAUAAAGAGCCUUUUAGUGGUAAUGCUGGCGGCUGGAACGGAUACCUCUGCAUUGACAACGGAAUGGGCCAUGUCGAAUCUGGUAAGUCAGGCUGAGGUGCUGCAAAAGCUACGGCAAGAGAUAGAUGCAAAUGUAGGGCAUGAUCAUCUGCUGAGCGAAGCAGAUCUUCCCAACCUCCCUUACCUUGGACGUGUUGUCAAGGAGACUCUGAGGUUGCAUCCUGCGGCGCCGCUGCUUCUACCCCACCUCUCGUCUCAAGAAUGUAGGGUUGGGGGAUACAAAAUUCCUAAAGGCACAAUCCUGCUUGUGAAUGCUUGGGCCGUGCACCACGAUCCUGGCCUCUGGGACGAGCCGGAAAAGUUUGAUCCAGAGAGGUUCGAGGGUGCAGUGGAGAUGGAGAUGGGGAGGGAUGGGAAUCAUCGAUUCUUGCCGUUUGGGAUAGGGAGGAGGGCUUGCCCUGGAGCUGGUAUGGCGUUGAGAACAGUGUCAUUGGCGUUGGGUGCAUUUGUGCAGUGUUUUGAGUGGGAGCAUGUUGAGAUGGAUUUUGGAGCUAAUUUAGGAGUUACAUUGCAUAAGGCCAAGCCUCUUGAGGCUGUCUGCCUUGUCCGAAAUCAAGCAGCGCAUCUUCUUUAAGCAUUUACUUAUAUAUUGUCAUUUUUCUUUCUUUUAACUACUUGGCGUAUAUCAGCUCUGAAUAUUGUUGAUCAGCUCCGAUUUCAAUACUUGUGAUUUCUUUCAAAUUUAUGCUUUAAACAUGUUACAAAAUGAAAUGAUGGAUCUUUCUUCCUUUUCUUC